AUGCCCAUCCAAACCCCCGUCCUAAUAGCCGGUUCCGGCUCCGCAGGCCUCUGCGCCGCAACCUGGCUCGCAAAAGCCGGAAUCCCCUGCACGAUCCUGGAGCGACGACCAGGACCCAUGAAAAUGGGCCAAGCAGACGGAGUGCAGUGUCGGACGGUGGAGAUCUUCGAGAGUUUCGGAAUUGGCGAGGACUUGCUCCGCGAGGCGUAUCAUGUAUUGGAGGUGGUGUUUUGGGCGGAGCAACAAUCUACCCCUGGUACAUCUGCAGACAAAGGGAAGAUCUACCGGACAGGGCGAACGGCAGAUACGCAGCCUGGGUUGUCGCAUCAGCCACAUGUCAUUCUGAACCAGGCGCGGAUUAACGGGCUGUUGCUCGAGGCGAUGGAGCGGUUCAAUGGGCAGCGGGUGGAGUAUGGGUGGGAGGUGUUGGGUGUGGAUGUCACGCAGGAAGGAGAGUAUCCGGUGAAGGUGACCGCGAGGAAAGAAGGAGGCGAGACGGAGGUGUUUGAGGCGAAUUAUGUUCUUGUAUGUGUUUCCUUCUCUGGUCAUACAUAUCUGGGUACAGGAGACUGA